AUGGCGGUCAACGAGGCGCUCGAGCGCAGCGGCGAUGACAUCAAGGAGAAACUCGCAGACUUCGAUGCCCUGGCGACCAGGGACAACAUGAAGCUGUUUCUUGUUCAGUUGAACACCACUAUUCCUAAGUUCAAGGACCGGGUACGGCUGACUGGGAGCAAGCCUGAGCUGAAGAGCCGGUAUCACGAGUACCUCCUAAGGUCCGCCGAGUUGCCCGUAACGAACACGGCUACAACACCUUCAGCAAAGCGCUCCGCAACGGCGCAACAGUCAGCGGCACCGAAGCGCGUGAAGCGUGAACAGCAAACAGGAGACGACGGAGAGAUGGACUACAAGAGCAUCGAAGACACCGAAGUGCCACAGCUAGCAGCACCGAAGCGCGUGAAGCUUGAACAGCAAACAGGAGACGACGAAGAGAUGGACUACAAGAGCAUCGAAGACACCGAAGUGCCACAGCCAGCAGCACCGAAACGUGAGGAGUGUGCACCGCAAGCCGGAGAGAGCGAGGCGGUUGGCGACAAGAGCAUCGAAGACACCGAAGCGCCACAGCCAGCAGCACCGAGGCGUGAGGAGUGUACACCGCAAGCCGGAGAGAGCGAGGGGGUUGGCGACAAGAGCACCGACAAUACCCAAGACACGAUGUCAAGCAUGCUGUCGCGUCUCUUUGUGGCUGAUAGGGUGCAGCUAUCAACAUCCACAAUAAUCUGCCUCGACGCGUUAGGAUCUCCGUUGAGCGCUGUCGCAGCGUGGAAGCCUGAGAGCGAAGGUUUAUCAAGCAGACUUUCGCCGCUGGUCGACCCGAUAUCCAUUCUCGUCUCCGCUCGCGACUCUAUCAUUGUAACGCACAGUUAUCUCGACAAUUUUGGUCGGUUGGCUGCUGCGAUUCGCACACGUCCGGUCACUGCCCCAGCCUGCUUCAGCUCAUUCCUUGCCUGCUUACAUUUCACGUUCAUCGUGGACCGCGGAGACGCCGGAGAUACGUUGGCUGUGCCAGACAAAGAGCCGGAAGACACGAGUUUAGACGAGGCAGCAGUUAUGGCCGAGGUUGAUGUCCUGUCGAACGAAGUAAACCGCGCCUUGGCCAAAUGGAGUUCAUCCUUCCCUUCGCCCCCUUCCGAUUCCAUGAUAUAUCCGGUGGACUUCAACCAAACGGAGAGGAUAGAGCUGAGAGGCUUUGCCAGGAAGUACAUUGAGAAGUACCCCCAUCUCAGCAAGCUGGGGAUAGCGAGAGAGGUCUUGCUUGCUACCAGUGAAGACAUUCUGGCAACCGGGCCCAUCGAACGAGGGGAGAAGUUGAAGACAGCGAUGAACGUAUCGAUCGAGGCAAGGAAGAACGUCAAUCUUGUCAAGGGCAAGCCUCCGUCUGCUAAGAGUCCCCACCGCGAGGUGGGUGACAAGGAAGAAGAAGGCGAGAAGACGGACAAGCCGAAUGUACGAAGACAGAUGCCAGUGGUGAUCGAGGGCGACGGUGAUGACGAGGAGGAAUACGAGGGGGCGGACAAGCCGAAGGCGCGAAGACGGAUGCCAGUGGUGGCCGAGGUCGGCGAGGAGGAGGAAGAAGAUCAGGAUUGA